GUAACCACAAUAUUGGGUUUCCAAAUUAGCGUAAAAAAUAAAAAUAAACGGGGUACCAAAAUUGGCUAUCGUUGCACUUGCCCCGAAUUCAAGGCAAACAUAUAUAAUUGGGCCAUAGAAUGUCCAAAUUUGUCACGGGCCUCAAUUUGGAAGUAGUUCACUCUACUCGGUCUUUGGAAACUGGCCGUCACUGAUUAGUGGCGCAGCUUGUAAUGGCGAUGGCGGAUCCCGAUGUAACUGAAGCUCAGGUAGAAAAGCUUAAGAGAUGGGAACGUAGAAAGGAUUUUCGAUCUCUUUCCGAUCCACCACCAGCCGUUUGUUCUCAGUUCGCGAUCCGAGAUUAUCCACUCCACAAAUCUACCGGCGAGUUCGCCGUCUUUCCUCCGGUAAACCACGAGAACCUUUACAUAUCCGUAAAUUCCGUUCAGAAACCUCAUAGCCAUACAUCGUCACCGCCGUUUCCCUCAUCCCCGUCGCUGUCGUCGUUAUCAUCAUCCUCAUUUUCACCUUCUCAUAGAGAUAACGAUGAUUCGUCCUAUUCAUUCGCAGCCUCAGAUUCCAAUGUAGUGGAUCCACCAAAAUCUGUACCAGAUAGUCCUCUCCCCCUAGCCAGAGCAGCUUGUUACCGAGAAAGAUGGUGGAAUUUGGGCCUGCAAGUGUUGUUUUCUAGAGUUGCUGGCAUUGCUAUGUUACGCGGGGGUUUCAAUUCAGCUCGAAAGGCUGUAAUGAUUAUUCUCUCGCCGUUUGGAGUAGCUUCAAUGCUUGUGAUGUUUGCGUAUUUCCGUUGGCGACGGAGGUUGAUUGGAGGACAGAAUAGGGAAGAGCUGAGACGCACCAUUAGAGCGAAAGAUGAGAGAAUAAACCAACUUCUAAGUCAAAUAGCAGAGAUGAAUCAGGUAUUUGUGGCUAUGCACAAACAUAAUCUGUCCAAGAAUUAGCUGAAAUUAGUAUGUAGUAGUAUUAUGCAGUGGAGGGAUAAUGGUCAAUAGCUACUCUAGUGAUGAUAGUCGCACACGCAUCAUGUUGUGAUAGUUUAUGGCUCCAAGUCCAUUAACAUACUCUAUGUUAUGUAUUUUGGAACUCAAUUCUUGCAAAUAUCUAUAAAAUGUUAGAAUAGCAGCUUCAUUGUUUGUCUA